AUGGUCGCGCUCAAGAGCAAGACCCUUUCGCUCCCUCACCUCUCCCUCUCGCGCACUUCCUCCCCCUCGCGCCCUUCUCAGCCUCCUACACCUUCGAGCGCCGCUCCUUCCCCGACCGACCCCGUCCCGCAGACGCAGCCGCAGUCGCAGGGUCAGGGCAAAGCGCGCUCCGUCUCGCCCAAAUCCCGCACAACCGACCUCGUACCUCUCCAGCAACCCGUCCCGACCAAACCUCCUCGUCGGUCGUCGAUCGGCGCGUCAUUGGCGGCGCUGACGUCGAGGUCUUCCAGCCCUUCGACUGCCUCGCCGACGACCCAGGCGCCGAAGAGUCCGUCCGUCCCUGCAGGCCUGCACAUCUCGCCCGCCUCUUCCCCCGCCCCCGCCUCCGCCGAGGAGAGCACGAAUCCCCGCCCUACGCGUACGCUCUCGGAGAACAAGGCCCCUGCGCUCGCGCAAGGGAUCAAACCUUCCCGCUCGGCUUCGUCGUCGGGGAGCGGGAAGAAGCGGUCCAAAUCUACCGAUCGCUCUGCUCGUCCCUCUGCAUUCACGCCCGCCGACGCUACUUCCCAAGCGGACAAGGAGAAAGACCCGCAAGUUCGGGGCGGAUGGAAAGCCGGAGGGUUGAUGGCUUCUUUCGGCCGCUCGGGGAGGGGACUCGCGCUUGGACACUCGCAAAGUCAGCCGGGUACGUCGAGGGCUACCGCGACUGCCGUUAUCGGCGCAGGCUCGCUCCCUCCCAAUGGACUGCCGAGUCCUUCGAUUCCGUCAACUGCGACGCUCGGCGGGAGCGCAAGCGGGACUGCGACUCCUUCUACCGCCGCGACGCUUGCUGCAGGCGGUACAGGCGUCCAGCUGCACCAACUCGCCGAAUCCUACGUCGGGAAAGUCUCGCUCCGUCUCGGCGAGGCAGUCAACAAAGUCUUCUUGCCGAUGCCGACCGGACCUGGAGGGAUUGUGGACAAGAACGCGGAGAAACAGGAGGGUGCGUAUGGAGGGAGCGCGGUGGUCGUCAAGGGACGACCGGCGCCGAGGGUUGCGAGGGCGAAAGAGGUCGGGGAGAUUAUCGCGGCUGAGUUGCAGGCGGCGCUGCACGACCCGUACCUCCUGCGGACGCUCCUCCGCUCGUCGGUCCUCAAGGCCCUCUCGCUCUUCCUCACGCGCCUUUCGGCCCUCCUCCUCGUCCCCUCUCCCUCCGACCCCGCCCUCGUACCGGCCUGCUUCACCGCCCCACGCACCUGCAAAGAAGCCGACUCCCUGCCGCUCCCUCUCCGAUUCAACCUCCAAAUCGUCCGCUGCGCUUCUCAAGUCAAGCGCGCGCUGGCAAUCGUCGCCGAUCCCUCGUCCGGUUUCCCGCACUUUGUCGAAGAGACGCUCAAGCCGUGGCGCGCCAAGCUCGCGGAACUCAUGAACCGCGUCAUGGGCCCGUUGGUGCAGAGUGCCAGACUCGCGGUGGCUGAGACGAGUCUGCGAGCAAAGGUCGAGGGCGCGACGAGCGCCGAGGGAUGUGCGUGUGCGGAUGGGCAGGGCGUGACGGGUGCGGCCGCGGUCGCGUGCGGAGGAGGAGGAGCAGGAGCGAGCGCCGCCUCGACGCUCGGCUUGACAGGCUUGUCCGCCCUCCCACCCUCUGCGACGCACCUCAAGCCCAGCGCGACGAGCCAGCUCCGCUCGCUCUCGCUCGGUCGAUCGGCGUCGCCCGCUCCGUCCGGCUCGUCGACCGCCUUGCCUGGGUUGACGUCGGCCACGGGCGCAGCGACUGCCGGCCCGGCCUGGCUGCGCGACCUCUCGUGCCGUCUCGAGGCUUUCGCGCGCCUCGUUGCGCGCCUCGAGUGCGCUGGAGACGCCGACAAGUGGAUUGUUAGCGUUGCGACGACGGCGUGCUGGAAGGGGAUGCUCAACCUCAGCGCUAGGUCAAUCGGCGCGGUUGAUACGGGUGGCGAGGUAGGUGCAGCGGAGAAGGAGCGCCCGGUCAGCAGGAGAGGGUUGCUUGGCGGAGUUGGGAUCAAGAAGACGCCUUCGCCGCCGCAGAGCCCGCCUCUUCCCUCUGUCGACAUGGCAGGCGCACCACACGCCCACUCGCACGGUCACACCGCCCCCUCGCCCGCCGACGUCGCUUUCGUCCGACUCCUCUCGGACCUCGAGCUCCUCGAGGCGCGCCUCCAGGCGUUCCUCGUCGCGAGCCUCUCGACGCCUGCGACAGUCCUCGCCCCCUCGUUCGCCGCCUCGUCAGCCGAGUCGUGCCCCGCCUCGAGCCACUCGACCACCGGCUGCGGACUGUGCCGCACAGGCCGGACGUUCGACGACGAGUCGUCCGACUCGUCCGACUCGGAGGACGACGGCGAGGUCGACCAUCCUCGUGGUGGAGCUGCACCGAGCGAGCCCAAGCGCGAGUCGAGGCUCGUGUUGAGCGCCAUGCGCGAAGCGAUGCAGGCCCUCAGCGCGAUGGUCGUUGUCGUUCGGGCGAGCCGCGAUCCGGUGGUGGUCAAGCUUGCGUUGCAGGGACCGACGGUCGACGAGAAGGUUGCGAGCGCACAGCCGAUGACGCCCUCGGCGAUGUUUGCGCUGUCCGCCCCGACUCCCUCGACGACCAUCACCGUCGUCGCUCCCUCGUGCUCGCUCUCGCCUUCGUGUCCAACUUUGCACUCGGCACUCCUCACCCUCCCACCCCUGAUCCUCCUCCACCUCCUCGCCUCGCGCGUCUCGUCCGCCACGGGCUUCCGCCUCCCUCACGAAGUAUGGGCCCUCCGGAACGGCUGGGCCGAGUACGCGUCCGAGUUGCGCGGGUUCGCAGCGGGCGAAGAGUGGGCUCAGGAGGUCGCGUGGGAGAUGCACAACGAGGUUGAGCGUGUCUUGCGCGGUGAGAAGGAGAAGGAGGGAAUGGGCGAGGCGACGUGGAGGAAGGGCGAUAAGGCGGCCUUGGAGGCGCUCAAGGUCGCUGCGGUCAAGAACGGUGGUGGAUCAGGCGGCGGAGGUGGGAACGCGCGCGAUUGA